CAUUUCUAGACGGGGGAAACGAGAGUUGCGCUACUUUUUAAUCCGUUGCAUCUGCCUAAAUGCACUUUCCUAAGGAAAAAUAUCUUACAAAAGUCGAUGAAUCAGACUUUCAUCUUUACUUCGGUCUGAUUAUUUUUGUAAUUAUCGCGGCGGAUUAGCAGCCAUACGGGCUUGAAAGUACGGAGACAAGAAAGGGGUUACCCCGAAUACGCAAGAUGAGAAGAGGGAUCUCCUCAGCUCCGGACAAAGUGAUUUUAGCGGGGGUUGGGGGCUCUCCUUUGGACAAUAAUAUAAUUUUAACAACUCUCACGGAUCGUUUAAAUCCCGGUCAAUCCAAUGCGACGUAUAUCCAAAUAAUAACCACCCCACCGCCUUGCAACGUUACACAGACAUCAAAUGUGUGUUUAUCUGAACCUCAGAUAAACAACAUUUACACAACUCCACAACAAGCUGCAGCAAACGGAGCAGGACAACGACCCGCUCUGGGGAGACCGCCGGCAAAAAGGCGGCUGGCGCUCGAUGAUUCAGACCACCAGUACCAGUCAGAACCAGCCAGGACUCCCAGAGGAAGAGGGGGGGCCACGGUGGCCAAUGGGGCACGGCUUAAGACACCAAGAACACCCAAGUCUCCCCCAGAGAAGACUCGGUACGACACCUCCCUGGGCCUGUUGACAAAGAAGUUUGUGGACCUUCUUGCCCAGUCUUCUGAUGGCGUCUUGGACCUCAACCUCGCCGCUGAAACCUUACAGGUACAGAAAAGGCGGCUGUAUGAUAUCACCAAUGUACUAGAAGGCAUUCACCUCAUCAAGAAGAAAUCGAAGAACAACAUUCAGUGGAUGGGCUGUAGUCUGUUGGAGGUGGAGGGGGCACUGAGCCAGAGACAGAGACUAACAGCGGAAGUUUCUGCACUGGGAGAAGAAGAGCAGAGGCUCGAACAACUCAUCCAGAGAUGCAGCCUGGAUAUGAGACACAUGAGUGAGCUGCAGAGCAACCAGAAAUAUGCCUACGUAACGUACCAAGACAUCAAACAGCUGGGAAACCUCAGGGACCAGACUGUUAUUGUCGUCAAAGCGCCCACAGACACCAAACUAGAAGUACCAGACCCUGAUGAGAGUUUGUCCAUCCAUCUGACCAGCACUAAGGGUCCUAUAGACGUCCUGUUGUGCCCGGAUGAGGAGAGUGACCCCAGGAGUCCUGUAAAAAACGGCAGCACAGACAUCAAUGGGAACUCACCUUUCCUCAAAGUCCUUCAAGGUUCGUCUCAGAUAGAUUCAGGUCCGACCGGCACAGCCACUUCUUCCAUCCCCUCCCCGGCUCCACCUUCUGCUUCCUCAGCUGUCUCCGUCACGACUCUCUCCCCCAUCUCGUCCCCUUACACCAGUCUUCUCCAGCAGACAGAAGACCAGAUCCCUGCAGCCCUGCAGCCUUUCUUAAACCUCGGGCCUCCUCUUCUGGACCAAGAUGACUACCUUUUAGGUUUGGGAGAUGACCAGGGAAUCAGCGACUUGUUUGACGCCUGUGACUUUGAUAAAAUGCCUUCUCUUGGCCUGGAUGAUCUCCUGUGCAGCUAGCAUUAGGCAAUGGAAAUUCAGAUAAGGUGCAUGGGAGAGUGAUGGAGAAUCAGUGAGGGGUUUGAUGCCUGUGACUGUGUAGUUAGUGGAAGCCAAUUCUAAAUAGAUGGAAGGGAAUCAUUGAGGGCUUCUUUCAGUCCCAGUGGGGCUAUAUGACAUGUUCUUUCGUGGCGUGAGAGAUAAAUGGCCUUGCAUGAUUUCACACACAGACAUGACUGGUUAGUGUGACAACAUAUCCAUUACUCUUUGUCUCAGGCUAUGUAAGGCCUUCAGUGUAGCUGGCUGUUGUGGGGCAUCUGAAAGCCUUUGGUAUCUGUUGGGUUAAGUGUAAGAGGAGAAGGGAAGGCUAUCCAUCUCUCUGUGUGAUGCCACGUUCACGUUACUGAACAGAGAGACCAACAGACCGAACAGCUCAAAG